AAACAUUUCUCCUACUGCCGUCGGCCACCCCUUAUAGUAUCCGCAAUUCCCCAACUAAUCAAAUCCCCAAAUUAUCAGUCACAGAACAAUUCUUAGGUCGGGAAGAAAAUUUCGACGAAGUUAAACAACAAAAAUGUCAGAGAAGUUUUCGCCGGCGUUAAGAAUUGGCGACUUGAAUGAUUUCAUAGCUCCAUCUCAAGGUUGUAUUGUCGGUCAACUUAAACCGAAUUCCGUCAAACCUGUUAAUAAUUCCGAGAAAAGAGCGAAGGCUGGGCCUCCUGUCACUACGGAACCUGUUAAAAUUUCACUCAAGGACUGUCUGGCUUGCAGUGGAUGUAUAACGUCGGCGGAGACAGUGAUGCUCGAGAAGCAAAGUUUAGAUGAGUUCCUUUCAGCUAUCAAUAAAGGGAAGACAGUCAUAGUUUCCAUUUCACCACAGUCUAGGGCUUCAUUGGCAGCUCAAUAUGACCUCUCUCCACUUGAGGCUUUCAAGAAGCUCACAACAUUUUUCAAGAGUCUCGGAGUGAAGGCUGUUUUUGACACCAGCUGCAGUAGAGACUUAGCUCUUAUGGAAGCAUGUAAUGAAUUUAUUGUACGCUAUAAACAGAGGCAGUCGGGUGAUGAUGACAGGUCUAAGACAUCACUGCCAAUGAUCUCAUCUGCCUGUCCAGGGUGGAUCUGUUAUGCGGAAAAAACUCUUGGUUCCUACAUCUUACCUUAUAUCUCUUCUGUAAAGAGCCCUCAGCAAACAAUUGGGGCUGUCUUCAAGCGCUACCUCUGCCAGAAAAUGUCUUUGAGGCCGGAUGAAGUUUAUCAUGUCACUGUGAUGCCCUGUUAUGACAAGAAGCUUGAGGCUGCCAGAGAGGACUUUGCAUUUGAAAUGGAAUAUCCAGAUGCAAAUAAUGUAUAUGGUGAUCUAAUGGCUGCAGAGGUGGACUCUGUGUUGACCUCUGGAGAGGUUUUAGAACUCAUACAGUUAAAAUCAGUGGAUCUUAGUUCCUUGGAUGAAUCUCCUUUAGAUAGGAUGCUGGCAAAUGUUACUGAUGAUGGAUAUCUUUAUGGGGUCAAUGGAAGUUCUGGGGGCUAUGCUGAUACUAUAUUUAAGCAUGCGGCAAAAGCCCUUUUCGGGAGGGACACCAAUGGACCUCUGGAAUUCAGAAUGAUAAGGAAUUCAGAUUUUCGCGAAGUUCUACUUGAAGUUGAGGGAAAAACUGUCUUGAGGUUUGCCUUAUGCUAUGGGUUUCGAAAUCUGCAGAAUGUUGUACGGAAAAUCAAAAUUGGAAAAUGUGAUUAUGACUUUCUUGAAAUCAUGGCAUGUCCUUCAGGUUGCUUGAAUGGCGGUGGUCAAAUCAAGCCCAGGGCAGGACAAUCUGCAAAGGAUUUGAUCCAGCAUUUGGAAAGUGUUUACAUGAAGGAUGUCCUGGUUGCUGAUCCUUUUCAAAAUCCCAUAGCGAGAGGGUUAUAUGAUGAGUGGCUUGAGCAACCUGGUUCAGACAAAGCCAAGCAGUACUUGCACACAGAAUACCAUCCUCUGGUGAAAAGCAUAACGUCGCAGUUGCACAAUUGGUGAACGUUUUGCUCUAUAUUCUCUUCUUACCCAAUUGCAGAACUUGAGAGGUCCAUCGUUGUGCAUAUAGUUUGUUCUUCUAGACCCCAUGAGUGAAGUUAUAUCUACACUGGAACGAUCAUCAUACUGACGUAGGCUUUAUGGAGGACCAUUUUUGCGAGAGAUUCUCCAGGUGUACAUAUCAUUAGAUAUAGUCUGUUUCUUUUGUUAGUGACAGGAGGCAACUCUAUAGAAAGAUAAGUCCAUUCAAUCUUUAACAUCGUUGGGUUCUUUUUCCCAUUAACAUAAAUGAUUAUACACAACCAUGGAUAAUAAGGAGGUUUUUGUUCUCAGUUCUGUACCAUUAACUCAUAUUGUAAAAUGUAUUCUGAAUGUUUGUUUUUCUCAAGUCUGGUUUUGGAAUGAAAUACUAUUUCCAUUUUGCAA